AUGACUUAUACAGAUUUGAAGAAUUUAUUGAGGGAGCAUUUUCAACCAGAGAUGUCCAUCAUUGCAUGGAGACACAAAUUUGAGCAGAGGGAUCAGAAAGUAGGAGAAUCUGCCAAACAGUUUAUUGCUGCUUUAAGGAGAGCUGCUAAACAGUGUGAAUUUAAGGACUUAGAUGAAAGGCUAAGGGACCGUUUUGUGUGUGGACUGAGAAACAGAGGCCUGCAACAAAAAUUGUUUGCCAGAAAAGAUUUGUCUUUCCAAGAUGCUGUAAGAGAAGUAACAGCUGAAGAGGCAGCUGGGGGUGCAGUCAAGCACAUGCGGCCUAACAAGCCGGAUGCAGAAGAUGAAGCCUCUGUGCAUUUGGAAGAAGCACAGGAAGCCUCUCAGGAUGAAUCAGAAGGAGAUGAGGAAGUGGAUCGCCUUGUUCCUUCUAAAGAAGAAAAAAAGACAAGGAAGCCAAAGGAACUCAAAUGUUUCGGGUGUGGUGGUCACCACAAGAGGGCUGACUGCAGGUUCCGCACAGCUGUCUGNGCCGUUUGCCUAAGACGUGGAAAGGUAAAGUAUCAAGAAGAAUUGCACCAGAAAAACACUAAGGUCCCUAGUCAGAAUAGAGUAGGCUUCUGCGCAUCGCGCAGAAGUGUUUAUAGAACAGGCACACAUAGACCACUUAAAAAGAAGUUGUCUCUUAAGGUGAAGCUGCAGGGAGUGCCAUUAGUUAUGGAGCUGGAUACGGGAUCCGCCCUGUCCAUUAUUUCAUUGCAUACUUUCAGGAAAAUCUGCACUAGCAGUGGAGUUCAGGUGAGGCUAAGGCCUUCCAAUAUCGUACUAACUGAUUUCCAAAACUCUAGAGUAUGCGUUAAGGGGGAGGCCACCCUUUCUGUACAGUAUAAGAGUUUUGUGGGUCCUUUGGAUGUUCUGGUUGUUGGGGGUGAAAGAACGAGUCUGAUAGGACUUGAUUGGUUCGAGGCCUUGGGAAUUCAAGUCACUGGCUUACAUAGCCUGCAAACAUUAAGCCUUACAGGAGUAUGUGAGGAGUUUGCAGAUGUGUUUAUUUCACAGCUUGGAUCUUACCAAGGACCUCCUGUUUCUUUGAAACUUGACCCCAACAUCACACCCAUCACACCCAUUCGAGUUAAGGCCAGGAGAGUGCCCUUCACUCUGAAAGGCAAAAUUGAUGCUGAAUUGGAUAAGCUAAUCCAACAAGGCAUUUUAGAACCUGUAGACUCGAGACCAUGGGAAACCCCCAUUGUUACGCCUCUUAAGGCUAAUGGGGAUAUACGUAUUUGUGCUGAUUACAAAUGCACCAUCAAUAAGGCACUACAGCAGCACGCUUAUCCUGUCCCUGUAGUGGGGCAUAUUCUGGCUUCUCUUAAGGGAGGAAAGUUUUUCACAAAGCUAGAUUUGGCUCAAGCGUACCAACAGUUACCUGUUGAUGAAGCAGCUGCUGAGGCACAGACCAUUGUGACACACAGGGGUGCUUUCAAAGUGAAGAGGCUCCAGUUUGGAGUAAAUGUAGCACCCGGUAUUUUUCAGAGUGUGAUGGAAAACACAUUAAGGGGCAUUCCUGGGGUUUGCCCUUAUUUCGAUGAUGUUCUCAUUGCUGGGGAUUCUGUGCAUAAUCUGGCAGAAAGAUUGAGGGCUGUUCUGCUGAGGUUUAGGAAGGCAGGGUUAAAGCUUAAAAGGAACAAAUGCAAGAUAGGAGUCACGUCCAUUGACUUUUUGGGAUUCAGAAUAGAUGCGCAAGGCAUUCACCCUGCUGAAUCAAAGCUGAAGGCCAUCCAGGAGGCUCCCCAUCCCAAACUAUUGGACAAACAGGCAGUCUGGCAGUGGACCAAGGCUCACGAUCAGAGUUUUGCUGGGGUCAAGGCCUUGCUCACGUCCAAUAACGUGCUUGCUCAUUUUGAUGAGAGACUUCCUGUUUGCAUCACUUGUGAUGCUUCCCCUUAUGGGGUGGGUGCUGUUUUGAGUCACUUGAAGGCUGAUGUAACUCAGGUUCCAGUUGCUUAUUACUCCAGAACUCUUUCUUCUGCUGAGCGUAACUACGCUCAAAUUGAUAGGGAGGCUUUGGCUAUCAUUGCGGGUAUUAAGAAAUUCUAUGAUUUCGUAUAUGGUAGGCAUUUCACGGUCUAUACUGACCAUAAGCCUUUGCUAGGGCUGUUUACUACAAAUAGGCAGACACCUCAAAUCAUUUCUCCGCGCAUGUUGCGGUGGUCUAUUUUUUUGUCUGCCUAUGAUUUCCUUAGUUCACAACCUGGAAAAGAGAUGGGCCAUGCGGAUGUAUCUGGGUGGCCUGAUAGGUGCCCUGAUACUGAGUUUCAAAGUUAUUGGUACAAGAGGCACGAGCUAUCCACCUUUAAGAGUUGCCUAUUGUGGGGCAGCUGCGUAGUCAUUCCUACCUCGUUAAGGUCUAGGGUCCUGAUCUCCCUUCAUGAAGGUCAUCCUGGCAUUGUCCGGAUGAAGGCUCUUGCCCGUAGUCACUUAUGGUGGCCAAGGUUAGAUAGGGACAUAGAGGCACAUGUACAUGGGUGUCACUUGUGCCAGCGCUCAAGGCCAGAGAUGCCCCAGGCUCCUGUGCACAAGUGGGAAGAAACGCUUAUGCCGUGGUCCCGUGUAUACGUAGACUAUGCGGGACCAUUUCAGGGGCAAUUCUUCUUGGUCCUUGUGGACAGCCAUUCUAAAUGGCUGGAGGUCAUACCUGUAUCAUCCACCACUACUGGCAGAACCAUCCAGGUGUUGAGGGGCAUUUUUGCAGCUCACGGCUUGCCAGAUGUCUUAGUUUCAGACAACGGCCCGCAGUUCACGUCGGCUGAGUUCCAGGCUUUCCUUCAAGCAAAUAUGAUCCGGCAUGCGACAUCGGCACCUUUCCACCCUUCCACCAACGGUAUGGCCGAACGGAUGGUGUGCGUCACCAAGGACGCCCUGAAGAAGCUGACUUAUGGGGAUUGGCAUCAUCGGUUGGCUGAUUUCCUUCUUGCUCAUCGCACGACGCCUUCUGUAGCGACUGGGAAAAGUCCGGCUGAACUAUGA